AUGGAGAAGGUAAUUGAAUUUGUGUUUGCAGACAAAGCCUCUGCCCAUCUUUUGAGGAAUCUACUGAAAGAAGUGGUUUGUCCCACCUGUGAGUGUUUCUUCAAGGAUCCAGUGAGCACAUACUGUGGACACAACUUCUGCCGAGUUUGUAUCACAGCGUAUUAUAAAAAAACGGAAAUGGAAACAGAGGAAGUUUUCUGUCCACAAUGCAGGAAAAAUAUCAAGAAAGAGAAUUUCCAGACCAACAGGCAGCUUGCCAGAAUGGUGGAAAAUAUCCAGCAAUCAGGGAUAAAACCUGAAGACCUAAAAAAGCAGAUAGCCUGCAGGGAGCAUGAGGACAAACACAAGCUGUUUUGUGAAGAUGAUGGUGAGAUUUGUGAUAAAACCCAGGAGCAUAGAUCUCACACGCUGGUGCCCAUUGAGAAGGCUGCACAGGAAUACAAGGAGAAAUUCCACAGAGACAUUGAGCUUCUGAAGAAAGCGAGGGAGGAGAUUUCAGAGCUGGAAUUCAAGGAGAAGAAUAAACCCAAUGACUGGAAAGAAAAAGUAAAGUGCCAGAGACAGCGAAUCUCAUCUGAAUUUGAGAAACUGCAGCUGCUUCUGAAAGAGGAAAAGAAACUCUUUCUCCAGAGACUGGCCAAGGAGGAGAGGGAGACUCUGAAGGAACUAAAUGAGAAUGUAACCAAACUUGCCCAGCAAAACUCCUCCCUUCAGCAGCUGAUCACAGAGAUCCAGGAGAAGUGUCAACAACCAGCCACUGAGCUGCUGAAGGAUGUAAAGGGCACCCUGCACAGGAGUGAGCAGGUGAGGCUGCAGGAACCAGAGCUCAGUGCUGCUGAACUGAAGGAUGCAUACAGAGUCCCUGGUAUGAUGGAAGUGCUGAGGGAAUUCACAGUGGACGUGACUCUGGAUCCAGACACGGCUCAUCCCGACCUCAUCCUGUCUGAGGAUCGGAAACGUGUGAGACGCGGAGACAAACGCCAGGAUCUGCCCAACAACCCUGAGAGAUUUGAUCGUUGUGUCUGUGUCCUGGGCACUGAGGGGUUCGUGGGCGGGAGGCGUUACUGGGAGGUGGAGGUGGGAGACAAGCCUGAGUGGGACCUGGGGGUUUGUAGGGAAUCUGUGAGCAGGAAGGGGAGGGUCACAUACACACCUGGGAAUGGAUACUGGGUCGUGUGGCUGAGGGGUGGGGAAUACAAGGCCUGCACCUCCCUCCGGACCCCCCUCCCCGUGAGCGUCAGGCCCAGCCGGGUGGGGAUUUUCCUGGACUAUGAGGCGGGCGAGGUCUCGUUUUACAAUGUGACUGACAGGUCCCAUCUCUUCAGCUUCACUGACACCUUCUCCGGGACACUCCACCCUUAUUUCAGUCCUUGUCCCAACGCUGGGGGUAAAAACGCGGCUCCCCUGAUCAUCUGCCCGGUCCCAACUCAGGCCUGAGGGAAUCUCUGUCCCUGACAGUGACCCCACAGCACAGACUGCCCCCUCCCAGCCCUGCUGCUCUUCCCGCCCCCAGUGGUGGGGGCCUGUUACUGCAGCAACUGGACUUUCUGUGCUGACCGG